AUGGAGAACCAGAGACCUCCAAAAGACCCUCGGGCCUUUCCCUGUCCGUAUGAGGGCUGUCUGCAGGCGUUUCCAUCUGAAGGACAACUGAUCAAGCACAAGAAAUUCACGGCGGACCAUGAGUACUGUGAACGAUGCAACGAGGACUUCCAGGACGAGGACGAGCUGCUCCUCCAUAAGAUGAAGAGCUCCAGGCACAUCAUCUGCCCUAUCUGUUUCGAUGACUUUAAGAGUGAAGGCGGUCGAGAUAUUCACAUUACCCAGUUCCAUCGUGAAGCGCAAAACAUCGAGUGUUUUGGAUGCAAGGCCAAAUUCCUUCGUGCUGCUCCCCUAAUGGCACACGUUGAACGGGGCCGCUGCGAGAGAAUCAGUCUUGACAAAUAUCGAAUGCGUCGAGUCGAAAAGAAGGCCGUCAAGGAGGCCAUGGAUGAUCAACUAUUCUCCCACCAUCCUUUCCUGGUCAAAUCUUCCGCUGCAUCCAGUGUCGACGGGGGAGUUGGCGUCGACGAUCUCCUGGAUAACUAUGACGACCAGACAGCCGCGAUUGAAGAAAAGAAAGCAUCUGUCAUCGAGAAGAUGAACGCACUCGGGCUUGGACCAGGCCGCUCCGGAAACAUUACUGCCUUGGAGGCGCCUAGGGAGACUGCAUCCGCCUUCGACAUCAAACAAUGGCCUACAUUGGGCGGUGAUAGUGAUGAUGAUGAAGACGAAGUUGAAGAGUAUCCCCCCACGACCAACUUUGUACAGCAGUUGGAGGACCUGAUGGCGUUCUCAGAUGCACCCGACGUUAGAAGAAGUCAAGAUAGGCCUGCUAUAAAUGCAUUCCUACCUGGUCCCGAUGUUCCAAGCGCAUCAGACUCCGGGUCUGGUUGGGAUACUUCACGCGUUAUACCAGCUGGACCAACGGACUUGGAAAUAGCCAGAAAAAUCAGACUCUCCGACGCUGAAUUGACCAAAUUCUUCAGCGAAGUGCAUGGAACAUACAUUUGCCCCUGCGACACCUCAUUCAAAACACAAGAAGCACUCGAGCAGCACAUCGCCUCUGGAGUUCACGCAGCCGGCGUCACUCGCCAGACGAAGAACUUCGGCCAGGUGAUCGACGAAAUAUCCGGAGGAGUUAUUGGGGCAGCUGGGCUCAAUAAUGAUGGGACGAUCCGUUUUGAGGCUUCGCCCGGAGUCAAGGAGAUUCAGUGGUAA